AUGAAGGUUCCGAUUCGAGAAGAUCAAGCAGAAGGAAGAAAACAAAGGUUUGGAGUAGAGAAUGCCUCUGAUGAAGAUAUUUCAGAAGAUGAUAAACAGGAUGCCAAGCCAGAGAAAGAGAAACCAGAGAAGAAAGAAAGCGUGAAAGAGAAGAGUAAAGAUUCUGGGAAGGGAGGAGAUGAAAAUGAGCCAGGUGAACAUGAUGACAGUGAAAAUGACGACCCAACAGGUCUGGAAGGAGCUGCAUUUCAGAGUCGUUUACCAUUAGAUAAAAUGACAUCUCAGGAGGCUGCUUGUUUUCCUGAUAUCAUACAAGGCCCUCCUCAAGCACAGAAAGUUUUCUUGUACAUUAGAAAUAGAAUUCUUCAGUGUUGGUUGGAAAAUUGUAAAGUUCAGGCGACAUUUGAAACAGUUUUACCACAGAUUGAAUCCCCUUACAAUAGUGAUGGGCCACUGGUUAUGAGAAUACAUGCUUAUUUAGAGAGAUAUGGUUAUAUCAAUUUUGGAGUUUUUAAAAGACUGAAACCACUACCAGCCAAGAAACAUGGUCGUGUUGUAGUGAUAGGAGCUGGUAUUGCAGGGCUAGGUGCUGCUAAACAACUUCUUGCAUUUGGUUUGGAUGUUGUCGUGUUAGAAGCUAGAGAGAGAGUUGGAGGAAGAAUUGUAACAUUUAGAAAGGGGAACUAUGUAGCUGAUUUAGGAGCUAUGGUGGUAACUGGACUAGGGGGUAAUCCUGUUACUAUUUUAAGUAAACAAGUCAACAUGGAACUACACAAAAUAAAACAGAAAUGUCCUCUAUAUGAGAGUAAUGGUGCCACUGUUCCCAAAGAAAAAGAUGAGAUGGUAGAGAGAGAAUUUAACAGACUUCUAGAAACAACAUCCUAUUUAUCACACCAGAUGGAUUUUAACUAUAUUAAUAAUAAACCAGCAGCUUUAGGCCAGGCUCUAGAGGCUGUUAUCAAAUUACAAGAAAAACAUGUGAAAGAGAAACAGUGUCAACAUCAGAGACAUAUUCUAGAAUUACAGGAUAAAUUAAAGAAGAAUCAAUCACAGUUGAUAGCCUAUAGAGAUAAAGUAGAAGAGAUCAAUAAACAGUGGCGUGAAGCAUCAGAAAUAAAACCACCAGGUGAUAUUACAGCUGAGUUCCUUAUCAAGAGUAAAUUACGAGAUCUAAAUGCUGCUUGUAAAGAAUAUGAUCAACUUGUUGCCCAGCAGAAAGAAAUUGAAGAAAAACUACAAGAAUUGGAAGCUAAUCCACCAAGUGAUGUUUAUUUAUCAUCAAGAGAUCGUCAAAUAUUAGACUGGCAUUUUGCUAAUUUAGAAUUUGCUAACGCUACACCAUUGACAGCUUUAUCAUUAAAACAUUGGGAUCAAGAUGAUGAUUUUGAAUUUUCUGGAAGCCAUUUAACUGUUCGCAAUGGUUAUUCCUGUGUUCCUGUAGCUUUAUCUGAAGGAUUAGAUAUAAAAUUAAACACAGCAGUUAGACAAAUUAGACAUACCACUACUGGUGUAGAGAUAGUAACUACUAAUGCUAAAAACAAUGCAAAUCCCCAGACUUAUAAAGCAGAUGCUGUAUUAUCAACCUUACCAUUGGGGGUCAUGAAAGAAUGUCUGAAGGGAUCAGGACCUAAUAGUGUACAGUUUAUACCUCCAUUACCAGAAUGGAAAACAGGGGCUAUUCAAAGACUAGGUUUUGGUAAUCUCAAUAAGGUGGUGUUAUGUUUUGAUAGAAUAUUCUGGGAUCCCAACUCUAAUUUAUUUGGACAUGUUGGAAGUACAACAUUAAGUCGUGGAGAGUUAUUUUUAUUCUGGAAUCUGUAUAAAGCACCAGUAUUAUUAGCUCUAGUAGCAGGUGAAGCAGCAGCCAUCAUGGAAAAUGUUACUGAUGAUGUUAUUGUAGGAAGAUCUAUUGCUGUAUUGAAGUUGAUAUUUGGAAAUAAUGCUGUACCUCAGCCUAAAGAAACAUUGGUAACAAGAUGGAGAGCUGAUCCUUGGUCUCGGGGAUCUUAUUCUUUUGUUGCUGCUGGAUCUUCAGGUAAUGAUUAUGAUCUACUAUCGACACCAGUACCACCACAACAAGGGGCACAACCCAGAUUAUUCUUCGCAGGAGAACAUACUGUUAGAAACUACCCUGCUACAGUACAUGGUGCUUUCCUCAGUGGAUUACGAGAGGCAGGGAGAAUUGCUGAUCAAUUUCUAGGAGCACCUUACGCCAUGCCAACAAGACAAUCAGCACCACAUGUCAACUGA